AAUAAUGAACUCCGUAAUUUUAUCGGCGAUUAGUAGGAUAAUUAAUAGUAAAAUAAAAACAAUACCCUAUUCCACUUUAUUAGUACGAAGUGAAAGAAGGUUUAGUAGUAAUAAACAAAAAGAAGAACCGACAGCGCUAAAAAGGUUUUGGAAACAGGUAUCCAUCCAAUUAAAUCCAGAUACACAAACAUAUGAGAUAUUACUUGACAAAAGACCAUUAAAAACACCGGGAGGUUCAAAAUUAACUGUACCUUAUUCAAAAAAACAUUUAGCAUUAUUAAUAGCUGGAGAAUGGGAAUCUCAAAAUCAUGUGUUGAGACAGCACUCUUUACCUUUAACGUCAUUGAUUAGUAUUUCUAUUGAUAAAGAUAAUAUGAAACAUGAUGUUAUCAACCGAUUGUUAAGAUAUUUUGAUAAUGAUACUAUUUGUUAUCAUGAACCAUACCCUGAUUCAUUAGUUGAAUUACAAAAAAAGUAUUGGCUUCCAAUAUUAGAUUGGGUACAAAACACUUAUAACGUUGAAAUUAAAACUACUGAUAAAAUAAGCGGAUUAAAACAGCCCGAAAAUACCAAAGAAAAGUUAAAGAAUAUUAUUGAAAAUUUUGAUUCUUUAAAGUUAUCAGGGUUUGAAAGGGCUACUAUGAUUUCAAAAUCUUUUUUGAUCGGAUUGGCUUUAGUAGAGAAAAAAUUAAGUGUUGAAGAAGCCUCUAAAGCCUCAUCAAUUGAAAUGAAUUCACAAACUAUAAGGUGGGGUGAACUUGAAGCUCAUGAUAUUGAGAAUGAAGAUGUUAAAAGACAUUUGGGUUCUGUUUCUUGUACUGUCAUGUUUUAACUUUGGUGUCCUUUGCUGGUGGUCUAUACCAUUCUACUGGAAAUUUAAGUCCCCGCAGUUUCUUUUUCUUUAACCUUUUCUCUAUAUGUCUUGUAUCCAUUGGAAUAUCUUCAAAUUUAUCAUCUUCUUUCUAAAUAAAGAAAUAUAAACAGAGAUUUUUUGGAGAUCUUUUAAGAACAAAACUAUAAAAAAUAAACUUACCUUAGCUUCUUCUAAGAGUUUAU